AGUCGCCGCCGAGAAGGAGAUAGAAGCCGACACAAAAUUAACAUCAUCGACUCGUUGGUGUUAUUUUCGAAGGUGAUAUGUAGCGUUUCCCUUAGACUGGGUGUUUUCCGCUACUAGAAUGAGCUUCCACUUUUACGCGAUUGUAACUCAGUUUGAGCGUCGUGACGCAUCUGGUGCGCAGGAGCAGCGCAUGACACAAACUUCGAAAGCUGGCACCAGUACUAGCGGUGACGAGAAGGAGGAGCACCCACGUCAUGACCGACGCUACGACUUCAGCAUAGUAUCUGUGGUAGGUGAAAAGGCCCGGCUGUUCAAGCAGGCCUGCUACACCUCUCGGUUGCAUCCCGUAUGGAUAAUGAAAAAUUUGUGUGACAAAGCAGCGGGUUUUGCCGUUAAUAUCGCAAUCUUGGAUAAUAACUGCUAAACAACGUCAACAGGUCAGUGCGUGUCGUGCAACAUGUGAAAAAGCUGAAGGUCUUUCCAG